AUGUUGGAGUACCUACUUUGCAUUACAUCAAAUUUGCACAUGCUUUUUAAUAAUUUAUAGAAUCCGUACAGAAAUCACAAAAUGGCUAAAGAUCCCCUUAAUGAAAUAAUUGAAUUUCUAAAGCCCGAAGCCAGAAUAGACUUGAAACACAUUUCCGUAGAGCAUUUAGUAGGAUUAUCGGCGAGCGAAGAAGGUGUCAAAACUUUAUUAAAAAACGAACAAGUUAUACAGAAUAUAAUCGAAUUGACCGGUGACAAAGUUGAAGAGAUAGCAAAGAACGCUCUCUUAGUGCUUGUUAAUGUGUCAGCUAACGUGAACGGCGCUACAGAACUACUUAAAUACAGACCGAGCAGAUUCAAAAACGUACUCGAAUUACUAGUGAGUUAUGUGCUUAAUCCAGAUAAAAAGGACGCAGAUGCUGCCUGCAUGAUCCUAUCCAACAUCACGAGACUCGAAGACGAACUGGAAGUGUGUUUAGACUCAUUCAUACCUCAUCUAAAUGAUAUUCUUAAUGCAUUUGUAAAUAUAGAUUACAACAAAAGAGGUUCCAACUUACAUUAUUUAGCACCCAUGUUUAGUAACUUAAGCUGUAGUUAUAGGAUAAGAAAAUGGCUAACUGAAGAAAACCCACAUGUACCUGUUAUUAAACUAUUACCAUUCUGCAAUUACGAUCAAUCAAGUAUACGUAAAGGAGGAGCCAUUGGCACUGUAAGAAAUUUGUCUUUUGACACAGAGUAUCAUGAUUUUCUAUUAAACAACAACUUAGAUCUGUUGACAUACUUACUAAACCCUAUUAUGGGUAAUGAAGAUUACCCAGAUGAAGAAAUGGAUAAGUUACCAAUAGAUUUACAAUAUUUACCAAAAGAGAAACGUAGAGAAACUGACAUUGAUAUUCGCAAGAUGAUAUUAGAAACUCUAAACAAAUUGUGCACUAAACGCACAGGUAGGGAAAUGUUAAGAGAAAAUGGCGUUUAUUAUGUUCUAAGAGAGUAUCAUAAAUGGGAGAAAGAUCCACAGGCAUUACUUGCUUGUGAGAAUGUUGUCGAUAUACUGAUCCAGAAAGAAGAAGAAGUCGGUGCUGAUGAUCUGUCAACCGUUGAAGUACCGGACGACAUGAAAGAGAAAUUCGAAAAGAUGGACAAGGAAUAUUUAAAAGCGGUUCAGUGAUAAUUUUUUUUAAUACUAUUGCGUUUAUGUACAAAAUUGUAUAUUUUAUGUUCAUUAAAUACUCUAUGUUGACU